GGCGCAUUUGCUGGCUCUCUACGGGCGCCAAUUCCGGAGAUCAGAGGCUGGCUACAGAGUCAUAAUCAAGUUUUCAUUGUUUUGAAGCAAAGCAUCAUUUAAAAUCCUCUCAAGCUCCUAACGACAGGGAUGGUAACAUCACUUUGAAGGAGGAGACAAGUGACUGACUUUGGGGGAAGCAUUGUGGCUCUAGCUUUUGUUUUCCUCCCCGAGUUUGAAGAGCUAUGGAGAGCUGGUCCUGGAUGACAGUCGUGGUCUUAAUAGGGCUCACAGUGCGGUGGACGGUUUCUCUCAAUUCUUACUCAGGUGCUGGAAAACCACCUAUGUUUGGUGAUUAUGAAGCUCAGAGACACUGGCAAGAAAUUACCCUUAAUUUACCAGUCAAACAAUGGUAUUUUAACAGUAGUGAUAACAAUUUACAGUACUGGGGAUUGGAUUACCCACCUCUUACGGCCUAUCAUAGUCUCUUAUGUGCAUAUGUGGCAAAGUUUAUAAAUCCAGACUGGGUUGCACUUCACACAUCACGAGGAUAUGAGAGUCAGGCACACAAGCUCUUCAUGCGUGCCACAGUUCUUGCUGCUGAUUUGCUCAUUUACAUACCCGCUGUGCUUUUGUACUGUUACUCCUUAAAAGAAAUCUCACCUAAGAGAAAGAUCGCUAAUGUGUUAUGCAUAUUGCUGUAUCCAGGUCUUAUUCUUAUCGACUAUGGACAUUUUCAAUAUAAUUCUGUGAGUCUUGGCUUUGCUUUGUGGGGUGUUAUUGGAGUAUCUUGUCACUGGGACCUGCUAGGGUCAUUGGCAUUUUGCUUAGCUCUAAAUUAUAAACAGAUGGAACUUUACCACUCCCUACCAUUUUUUUGCUUUUUACUUGGCAAGUGUUUUAAAAAAGGCCUCAAAGGAAAGGGGUUUGCAUUGUUCAUUAGGAUAGCCUGUACUGUUGUGGCUUCCUUCCUUCUGUGUUGGCUGCCAUUCUUGACAGAAAGGGAGCAUGCCCUGCAGGUUGUAAGAAGACUCUUCCCUGUUGAUCGUGGAUUGUUUGAGGAUAAAGUAGCCAAUAUUUGGUGCAGCCUUAAUGUUUUUCUGAAGAUUAAGGACAUUUUGCCUCGUCACAUCCAGAUAGCAAUCAGCUUUUGCUUUACAUUUUUGAGCUUGCUUCCUGCAUGCAUAAAAUUGACAGUUCAGCCCUCUUCUAGAAGAUUCAAAUUUACUCUGGUCAGCUGUGCACUAUCAUUCUUUCUGUUUUCUUUCCAAGUACAUGAAAAGUCCAUUCUCUUGGUAUCAUUACCAGUUUGCUUAGUUUUAAGUGAAAUUCCUUUCAUGUCAACCUGGUUUUUACUGGUUUCAACAUUUAGCAUGCUGCCUCUUCUAUCAAAGGAUGAACUCCUACUGCCCUCGGUUGUGACGAUGAUGGCGUUUGUAAUGGCUUGUGCCACUUUCUUUCCAGUGUUUGAAAACACUUCUGAAGAACAACUGCAGUUGAAGUCCUUCGCUGUCUCUGUAAGGAGGCACCUUCCGGGCUUUACGUUCCUCCCCAGAGUCAUACAGUGUCUGUUUCUUUCUUCAGUCAUCACCAUGGUCCUUCUGACGAUUUUGAGCGUAACACUGGACCCUCCUCAGAAAUUACCAGACUUGUUUUCUGUACUUAUAUGUUUUGUGUCCUGUGUAAACUUUAUAUUCUUCUUGGUAUACUUUAACAUUAUAAUCAUGUGGGAUUCCAAAAAUGGAAGAAAUCGGAAGAAAAUUGACUAGCUACAUUCCCAAGCAAAUGCAAUCUUUUGUUAUGUAUAAGUGAUCAUAUCAUUUUUACAAUCAUGGAAUUAUAGGAAAAGAAAUGAUGAAAGGGCAUUGUUAUUUACACAAAAUGUAUACAGAGACCAAAACAUUUGUUUUCUAAGUAUUUUUUUUGGUAAAGCAUAUUGUAAUUUUGGUAGUAUUCAGAGAUAUUUAAAUGGUAAAAUAAGAGAAAAAAAAUCCCAGCUGGUUGUAGUAGCUCAAAUUUGCAAUCCCAGUACCAGGAGGUAGAGGCAGGGGUACCUAUAGUUCAAGGUUAUCUUUGGUUAUACAUAGCAAGUUUGAGGCUAGCCUAGGCUACAUGAGACACCUGUCUCAACAAAAGGGGGAGAGAAAAAAUAUGUCCUCAAUACCAGUAUUUAAUAAUGGAAUGUGUUUUAUAAAUUUUAAGUUUAUUCUAUAUAGUUUUAAAAUUUAAGACCAGUCAGAAUGCACAUAGGGCUAGGCCUGCUUACACACUGGUCAUCUUAGAACUUCAUAACUAACUACAAGCAGGAGGAGCAUGAGUUUGAGGCUAGCCUGAGCUACAUGAAAUCCUGUUUUAAAAAACAAAACAAAGUCAGACAAAGUGUGCUUUAAUAAAUGUAAAAUGAAUUUAUUGGAAGAAUUAAGCACCUGACUUGUUUGGCUACAAGUGAUAAGUGUCUCAUUUAGAAGAGAUGGCUUAGCAGUUAAGAGGAGUGGCUGCUCUUCAAGAGGACCUGAGCUCAAGUCCCAGCAACCACAUGGUGGCUCACAACCAUCUCUAAUGGGAUCUAAUGCCCUCUUCUGGUGUGCAUGAAGAUAUCAUACUGAUAUGCAUAAAAUAUAUGUAUAUAUGUAUUUGUAUACAUAAAAUAAAUCUGGUAUAUCUCAGGGAAUUAACAUUUUUCUUAAUUUCUGUGAAGGUACAUUAUGCUGUUUGAAAUUUGCAUAUGCAUUAUUGCAUAUGCAAAAUUGGAUGCUUAUAGAUUAAGUGGUAUUCUUAUUUCCAAAAAUGUAGAAUCUCUUGAUGCCAUUUAUUAAAAAGAACUUUUAUUGAAUAUAAAUCUCAGAAGCUUGAAGUCUUUUUAGUCACUCAUAAUAAUUAAUUCUAAAUUUCUAGAGUCAUUCUAAAUUAAAACUACCUUAUUCAAGGACUUCAUCUCCCUUUCUGUUACCUCGUUUAAGGUUUCCACUGCCAUAGCUGUGUAUUCAAAUCAUGCCUCACACUGGCUUUGUCAUAUUGGUAGGGUUAUCCCUUCACCCAUAUCAAUGUUAAAAAUAAUGUAUUGUGUUUUACUUUCACAGGAAAGCUGUUUAUUUAGUCUUUGACAAAAAUUAAAGUCACUUUACCACUA